AUUAACAAAAUCAGGGAGCAACACUGUUCAUGUAAAGCUGGUCCAGACAACGUUGCCUGGAGCUGAAACGAACAACUUCCACAACAUAAAGCAACUCAACAAAUCUCAUGGCAGGAUCCGAGUCAAAUGCCGCCGCCAAAGAUUUGUCUGCUAUGAUGGAGACGACAAUGCAACAACUUCAGAGCAGGUUUCAAAACUUAUCUGACCAGAUCAUCUCCAAAAUGGAUGAGAUGGGAACACGUAUAGAUGACCUGGAGAACAAUGUCGCUGAUCUCAUGACACAAGCAGGAAUGGAAGAUCAUCACAAAUCAAAUGACUUUGAAGAGAGAACGAGCUGGCCAAAGCACUGAGAAAUCAACGUUACUUUUCGACGUUACUAAUUCAUGAAAACAAAAUUAGCUCUGUGUAAACCAAAAUAAUUGUUCAUCAGUGGACUGAACAUGACAAUUUUCUCUGCUACUAAAGGGGUUAAAUGUGGAUAUGCCCUCACAUAUGAACAAGGAAGUCCUUAUAUGCGAACAAUGAAUGACAGUGAAAAGUUAAGAAGUUAUAGAAUCCUUUUAUUGGGAUGGAGCUGGCCAAAGAACUGAGUGGAAAUGUUGCAGAAGCUUAAGAUCAACAAUAUUUGGGGAUUGUUCACAUGUGGCAUGUCACAUUUCUUUAAGCUGAUGUGGAUCUUGUACAAAAACAAUAAAUAAACAUGUUUAUCUUUUUGUGUAAAA